AUGCCCACAAGCACCACAACCGCCUCCAUCCCAUCCUCACCCUCCUCCCUCUCCGUCGCGAGCACUUCCACCGCGGUUUCCACCACCCCCACGCCCAAAGCAAAGGACUACGAGUCCGCAUUCGGCGCGCUCCAGACGCAAUACGGCUUCCAGGCCUCCGCCCCCGCACCCUCCCGCCCCUCGCCCAAGUCGCAGUCGCAUUCGCAGUCAAAAUCGGCUUCUUGGCUCAAGCGCGCGCUCGGCUCGAGCUCAGCCUCGCCCUCGCCCUCUUCACCCCCGCGCGCCUCUGCGCCGCAGCCGACGCCGCAGUCAGGGGAGAGCCGGGCGAAGGAGGCGGAGCGCGAGGCGGAGCGCGCGCGGCGGCACUACUACGAGGACCAGUUCGCGCAGUUGACGGCAAAGUACGGGUUUGGAGGCGGGCCGGGUCCGACGAGGAUGUGA